AACUUUCUAUGAGAAUUUAAUUCCGAUGUCCACCAAACUACCCUUUCUAAAAAAAAAAAAAGAAAAAAAUAGAGUAGAUAGGGGUAUCGUAAUCACACUGAAAAAUUACAGCUACAAUCUUGUAAAGGAACUUUUAUAACUCUAGCUUCUUCCCUGUCAAAUCAUUCACAGUUCACACUCAAGUUCAAAUACUUUACUUACUCCAGUUCCAAAGCUCCCGCCAUUGUCGCGCUUCACUAGUCUUAAAGAGUUAAAGUUAAUUUGUGUGCAUUUAAGAUGGGUACUGGUAAGGAAAGAUUUGGUGAACAUUCUGGGAAAAAAAUUGAUUAUGGAGAUGAUAGGAUGAAGAAUUACGAUUCCGAAGAUUGGUUAGUGAUCGAUGAAGAAGCUAGUACUAGGGCUAGAAAUCACCAGAGGGUUUCGCCGAACCCGGCCCAUAGGGAGUGGGGGAAACCCGCAAUGAGAAUGGGUCGUGGUCAUGGUCAUGACCAGGUUUCAUGGAGUAACUUCCACAACUCUAGGGUUUCUAGUGCUGGUUCCAAUUACUUGAACAUUGAUCUUAAUGAUAGUGUAAUGGGGUUAGUGAAUGGUGGAAGGGAUAACCCCAUUAUUGUUGUUGAUUCUUCAGAUGAAGACGACGAGGAGGAUGAGGUUAGUUAUUCUGGAAAAUCUAAUCAUGUUGUUCCUCAGAUAUUGACAUCUGAAUCACGGGGUCGCCCAAACCCGUUCACGAAAAGGAAUUGUGAGAAUUGUGGUAAAAACAUCUCGAAAGAGAACUGUAAUGAUGAUGAUGGAGUUGAACUUGGACCUCUUUUCUGAUGUUGGUAAGGAGGCAUAUCAUAAUCCUCUUAACAUCAAUGGAAGUAAGAGUACUGUUUCCCAUGAUGUUGCUGAAGCUAUUAGACAAAAGUAUCUACCAAAUCCAUGUACUGGAAAAGGGAAAAUGUCUGGUGGUUCGAAUUGUAAUUCUGAACCCGCGUCUUACAAAACGAGUGUGAAGAAUUGUCAGAAGGAAGUUGAUAUCCUCCCAGAAACAAAAUCUUCUGAUAUUGAUGAGAAGAAAGCUAAGCAACAUGGUAAGCAUCAAGGAGACGAAUCUGGUGAAGCAACAGAUGCUUAUGAGCAGCAGCUGCAACUGAUGACGAAGAAAUUCACUGAGCUGUUGAAUGUACAUGGAACUUUCAUGAGAAUUACAAGAAUAGUUUUGCUAGGUUAGACCUCAGGGUGAAUGAAGUGGCUAAUCUAGUGAAAUCCCACAUCACUUCGAAGCCCGAGGUUGAUAAAUGUGCUACUGAGAGAGAACAGCUGAUGAAAAUCCGUGAAGAAAAACUGAAGAUGAAGGAAAGGCACCAGGAAGAAGAACGAGAUUGGGAGGGUGUGUUCGCGCUUAAUUUUUCUUGCUUUGACAACAUGGUGAAGGAAGCGGCUGGGCUCGUGAAACCCCACAUCAUUUGGAAAACUGAGGUUGGUAAAUGUGAAAUUGAUUUUGAGAGAGAACAGCUGAUGGGAAUCUAUGAAGAAAAACAGGAGAUGACGAAAAUGCACCAGGAAGAAGAACUGGAAUUGGAGAAGCAAUUCACUGCUGCACUGAAAUGUUUUGUGGACAAAGCAACGACUAUUUACUCUGAUUCAGACCCUUCUUAUGAUCUUUGAUGCAGAAAUCAUAGAAGAAAAACUAAUAUUCCGUCUGUAUUCAGAUUUCAGAUUUCCAGGCGCUCUAUCUUUUGGUAUGGUAAGUUUGUCUAAAACUCAAUUUUUUGUGGAAAAAUAAACCACUCUUGACUUCGAUUCAGAUGCAGAAAUCACAGAAGAAAAAUGAGAUCUUUUGUCAGUCUCCAGAUGCUUCAACUUUUAGCAUGGUAUGUAUGUCUAAAACUAAUUAUGUAUUGUAAUACUUGUAGAAUAUGCUUUACUUUAGGCUUUAGCCUAUGUUUUCACCCGGCACUUAUAUUAUGUAAUGCUGAAUGAAAUGGCUUGUUAAUAGUACUAUAUCCUGUGAUUCCUGUGAA